AGAUCUGCUAUUCAUUUGUUCAUUCACCAAAUGGUUGCAAUGGUUGUGUCAGGCAAAUCCAGGAGCCUGGAACUCUAUCUGGGGAUACCAUAUGGGCAACAGGGGCCCAAGCGUUUGGGCCAUCUUCUGCUGCCUUCCCAGGCACAUUAGUAAGUAGCUGCAUCAGAAUAGGAACAGCCAGCCCUCCAAUAGGCCUUCCAGGCUUCACAGGCCAGCCACCAGUUUUCAUUAAUCGUGCCUUCCUAUUACUUAGCUCAAAGUACCUGCAUUGUUACAGUAACUAGCUCUUCUCAUUCAGAUAUCCACGUGUCUCUUAUGCAAAUUCUUGAGAGCAAGCACAUGUGACUAAUCUUUGUGUCCCUAGCACUCACUACUGUGCUUGGAAUGUAGUUGAGCCUUAAUGAAUAUUUGUGGAAUGAAUCAACGAUAAUCACUGUCAUUUUGACAGAGUGAGUAUUUUAUUCCAGUAACCAGGCUAGGUUUCUGACGUAAAUUUUAUAACUCAAUCUUCAUAAUAAUUUUGCAAAGCAGGUAUAAAUAGUCCAAUAUCAGAGAUCGAGAAAAAUAGGCUCAAAGAGUUUAUAAACAACUCAUGACCAAUCUUGGAUUAAACUCAGACUAACUAGAUUCCAGGGUCUGACAUUUCCGCUAUAUCUUGUUGCUUCCUUAUAUCUAUUCAUGUGACUAUUAGAAAGACAUAAAUAUGUAGGUUGACAAAAAAAAAAAAAAAAACCUAGAGUUUUUAAAAAUUAGAUUUCCAGGUAUUUUUGGAGUCUUGUAAUAAACAGAUUAAAUCUUUUCAUGCCAUAAAUUUAAUGGAGAUAAAAUUUAUGACUAUGUAGACAAAGAGGAGAAAAGAAUUAUGACAAUAAUCUGAAGAAAUUAAACAGUACCUGUUGUGGCUUAAGAUAAAUCAGAGAUAGACAGUAGUCAAAAGGGUGAAACAGAUUUUACUCAGGAACUGUUUUGUAUCAGAAAAGAGACCUCAGCGUAGCUCUGGACACACUUCAUUGUCCAGUGGAGCUUAGAGCCAAGGAGCAGAGUAGGGGGCAGUGGAUGGAAAAUUCCUUAAAGGAAACAUCAGAGGUAGGGGAGGAUCUUGGCAAAACUAACUUAGCAAGAUUCUAGCUGCAGGCACAGGCUGGAUGAUCAAAUAUCAUUUGGGGAAGAGGGUGCAGAAUAAAGACCUUGAUCAAAUAUUUAGGUGAUCAAAUAUCAAGGGUGACAGAUUUUCUCGAACUUGAAUUAGUAAGAUUCUCCUCCAGAGGGGCAACGCAGGGUUAGAUAAUGAAGCACAGGCCUGGAGGGUUUACAGUCUCCUGACUAGUCCCUAAUCCUCCUAUGGGAUUGUAUAGUUCAGAACUCAUAUGAUGAUGAUAUUCACAACCAGCUCUCCUAAGCAUAGAACUCAGCUUUCAACAUUACUCUGCCAUUUCCUAGCUCUUAUCUGGGGUUAGGGCAUUAUUCCAAGUAGCGAGGUUUCCGUGAACCAGCAGUGCCCCAGAAAGUGUUUCCCUUCCUGAGACUCCAGGGAAGUCUUGGAAUGCAAAGAACUUGAAGAGGGAGCCUCGCCAAUUAAAGACUUUUGAGCCUUAGUAGGUUUCCUGGAGCAGAUUUUUAGCACAAACACUAAUCAAAGUCUUUGUGUUCUUAAAGCAGCAAUUUUCAUAUAGAACUCAGACCUUUCAAGAUUCAAAACAUAAACACCUUGAGAUACUCAGAAGAGCAACAUGGGAGAAACUGAAAAAAGGAUUGAAACCCACAGAAUAAGAUGUCUUUCCAAGAUGAAGAUGUUUCUGAUGGCAAUAACAUGUGCAUAUGUAGCCAAAACACUGUCCGGAGCUUAUAUGAAUUCCAUGCUCACACAGAUUGAGAGACAGUUCAACAUCCCAACAUCUCUUGUUGGAUUUAUUAAUGGGAGCUUUGAGAUUGGAAAUCUUUUGUUGAUUAUAUUUGUGAGUUAUUUCGGAACAAAACUGCAUAGACCUAUAGUGAUUGGAGUCGGAUGUGCCGUGAUGGGCUUAGGGUGUUUCUUAGAAGCGUUACCUCACUUUCUCAUGGACAGAUAUGAAUAUGAGUCUACAGUCUCAGUUUCAGGCAACUUGUCCUCAAACAGUUUCCUGUGUGUGGAAAAUGGAACCCAGAUGGUAGGACCAACGCAUGAUCCAUCAGAGUGUGUGAAGGAAGUACGCUCUUUCAUGUGGGUAUAUGUGCUAGUAGGAAAUAUUAUACGUGGAGUGGGUGAAACUCCCAUUAUGCCAUUGGGUAUUUCCUAUAUAGAAGAUUUUGCCAAAUCUGAAAACUCUCCUUUAUACAUUGGAAUUAUAGAAACAGGAGCUGUUAUAGGUCCUUUGAUUGGACUUUUGUUAGCGUCAUUCUGUGCAAACGUUUAUGUGGACACUGGCUCUGUCAACACAGAUGAUCUGACCAUAACUCCCACUGAUACUCGCUGGGUUGGUGCUUGGUGGUUUGGCUUUUUGAUUUGUGCAGGAGUGAAUGUGCUCACUGCCAUCCCUUUUUUCUUUUUGCCCAAAACACUUCCAAAGGAAGGACUAGAGGAUAAUCCUGACAUCAUUAAAAGUAGCAAAGAAGAGAAGCAAACAGAAGAUGUCAAGAAGCAACAGCGUGGAAUCACUAAAGAUUUUUUACCCUUCAUGAAAAGUCUCUCCUGCAAUCCAGUUUACAUGCUUUUCAUAGUUUUAAGUGUGAUGGAGUUCAAUGCAUUUGUUAAUAUGUUCUCCUUCAUGCCGAAAUACAUGGAGCAACAAUAUGGAAAAUCAACUUCAGAAGCCAUCUUUUUAAUUGGUAUUUAUAACUUACCUCCAAUAUGUUUUGGAUAUAUAGCUGGUGGUUUACUUAUGAAGAAAUUCAAGAUUACUGUCAAACAAGCUGCCCAUAUAGGAUUCUGGUUAACUUUAUCUGAGUAUUUAUUAUACUUUUUAUGUUUUCUCAUGACCUGUGAUAAUUCUUCAGUUGCUGGCUUAACUACCUCUUAUGAAGGAAUUCCAAAAGAUUUAUAUGUGGGAAAUAACAUCUUUGCUGACUGUAAUAAGGAUUGCAACUGCCCAGCUACAAUUUGGGACCCUGUGUGUGGAGACAAUGGCUUGUCAUACAUGUCAGCCUGCCUUGCUGGCUGUGAGUCAUCCAUCGGAACAGGAAUCAACAUGGUAUUUGAAAAUUGUAGCUGCAUUCAACCACCAGGAAAUUUCUCUGCAGUCCUUGGUCUGUGUAAGAAAGGACAUGAGUGCUCCAUGAUGCUCCAGUACUUUUUAAUCGUGUCAGCCAUUAGCAGUUUCAUUUAUUCCUUAGCUGCCAUACCUGGGUAUAUGGUCCUCCUGAGGUGUAUCAGUUCUGAAGAGAAGUCUCUUGGUGUGGGGCUCCAUGCAUUUUGCACAAGAAUAUUUGCUGGCAUUCCUGCACCAAUAUAUUUUGGAGCUUUGAUUGACUCCACGUGCUUACAGUGGGGAACCCUGAAAUGUGGUGAGCCGGGGGCAUGCCGAUUUUAUGAUUCCAUUUACUUCAGAUACAUUUACCUCGGAUUGCCAGCAGCUCUGCGGGGAUUGAGCAUUUUUCCAGCCAUAUGGAUCCUGGUUCUUUUGCGGAACCGUCGGCUGCCCGGUGAAACUGCUCCUCCAGGAACUGAACUUGAGACUAAGGAUACAGAGAAGCAAAAUGAGUUGAAAGACGUCCACCAAAAUUCCAAGAUUUCAAAUGAUGAUGAAUUAAAAACUAAACUGUAAUGUACUAUUUGAUCAUCCCUCUCAGAUUGGGAGAAUGUACUGUACAACUUAGUUGUUUUAAAAAUCAAUAGAGGUACUACAGGUAACUUUUUCUUGUCUUUAAGAACCUCAAAAAUGUUUUGUACUCAUGAUAAAAAUGUUUGCUGAUAGUAUUUCUGAAAUAACAAAAUCGCAUUUGAGAUUUUGCCAAGGGGAAAAUUUAUUGCAGCCUCCUAACCAGAAUUUUAGACCAGCUUCAUGUUAAUGUUAAAACAGCAAUUCUCUCUUAACUCUCACAAAGUAAGGGUAUAUUUCCUAUAUCACCUUUCAAAAUAGUUUGAAAAUUUACUGUAUAAAAUUUACUUAAAUCUUGAGUUUGUGCUUUGAUAUAGAGACACUCAGAAAUGGAAAUUUUCAUUCUGUUUAUAUGAACACUUAAAUAUUUUAUUCAAAUUUAUCACUUCUAACAGAUGUUAUCUUUUUCUGUGAGAACAUCUACGUUAUAUUAUUCUGUUUAGGAAUUGUUCUUUGACUCUUCAUCUUCAUUCCUGACACAUCUUUGAAACAGAUGACUCAGUGAUGUGCCAUUUCUUGCUUUCAGCUGUCUCCCUUAAUACUCAUAUCCUAUGAUUUGCUCAUUUUGUCCAGAGAAUUGAGUAAUUAAUCAGGUAAUUAAAAAUCUUGUAGAAAAGACUGUUGGAACUAUUUUUUUUAAAGCAGUUCAUAUCUGUCAGUGAUGUCAUUCUGAAAAGUAAAUGCUGAGUCUAGGAAUAAAAGGACAAUAUUAGGAAAACAGUCUUUAGCAACUUGUUGUAGUUUCAGAUGUUGUCAAAGGGUGACAUUCCCACAUUCAGGGGAAGACCCCAUGGACCAAUGUUUGUGACACCUCUUGGGGCCUAAGUUAGAACACAGAUACUAAUUUUCCACAAAUCAUCUUAAAGAAUGAAAAAGUAUUUGAAAACCAUGAAAUGGAGAUGAAUAGAAUUCAAGGGGCACAUUAAAAACUAUUUUGUACCUUAUGAGUGCAGUCACAGAAGGGAACGUUUUUAGUGGUACAAGAAAAUGUACUGGUAAUAUAGGACUUCUCGUUUGAGAGUCCUAUCCUAGAAUGCUGUGAGAGACAGUGAACACCUGUUGUAGAAGGUCGCAGGAGAAGCAGAUUUUUCCUGGUGUGUGUGAUUUUCUUGGUGUGUAUUUUUUCUUAGUGUGUAAUUUCUUAGCAAUUCUUCGUGGUGAAGAAAUGCUCACUGAUGAAUCUCAGAUUUUAGAGGAUUUUGGUGAUGGUGGACUGAGAUCCAGAGAUCACAGUGAAUGUGCACAUUUUGGGGAACAGGAAUCUGAGACAAAAACUGAAGAGUAGAAGGCAAAGGGAAAUCAGACUUAGGGAAAGCAGAAGGGAGCUGUAAGAUGACAUGGAACUCUGGGACUUGUAGGUGAAUGACACACACAGGAACAAAGGACGUAAUGAGAUUAGUGUGAGUAAAGCUGUGACAGAACCAGGCAGGUGGGGACUGGGCUCCUCUGGGUCUCCUCUGUCACGGAGGCAAGCUGAGAAGCAGAACUGGUGGCCUUUUGCCACUCCUAUUGAUCGAUUUGAGGUUAUCAGAGGAAGCUGGGCCUUACUUUGCACAUAGCUCACCCAGAGGCCCUGGCAGACAUAGCUUUGGACUCAUGCCUGAAGUUCUUUCUUACCACUCAUGGGAGGGAUGGCAUUUGACUCUGGGAACAAACAGUUCUGUCUUGACUCUGCUCAGUGAGGGAGAAGCAGCCAGAGAAAGGGGUGUUGAGUGCUUUGGGUUCCCCCAGGAUCUCUUCCGCUGGCACCCAAGAGGCCUAGAAAGAUCAGUUCUUAUUCUGGGAACUUUUACAGCUCUCAUGCGGGAAGAGAUGAUGGCAUGGCAGGCAGAGUUGGAGAACAGGAUUGGGAGAACAGGUCAUGAGAAGUCUAGGGUCAUGAAUUUUCUCAUUUAAUAUUUUUGGGAGUCUGUAGUUAAUGGAAUUAGAAUAACCAAUUUUAUAGAAAUUUUGAAAGUUAACUUCAGAAAAAAAACACACAGAAAAUUUAAAAAGAAAUGCAAAAAGAAGGAAAAACCACCCCUCAUGCAUGCUGGCUAGCAGUUGUGUUUUAAAACUUGUUAAGUGAAUAUUAAAUUGUAUAUGCAUUUUUUUUAAAGAUUUAUUUAUUUGUUCCAAAGUCAGAGUUACACAGAAAGAGGAGAGGCAGAGAGAGAGAGAGAGGUCUUCCAUCCGAUGGUUCACUCCCCAGAUGGCCGCAAUGGCUGGAGCUACGCCAGUCCGAAGCCAGGAGCCAGAAUCUUCUUCCGGGUCUGCCAUGCGGGUGCAGGGGCCCAAGAACUUGGGCCAUCUUCUACUGCUUUCCCAGGCCAUAGCAGAGAGCUGGAUUGGAAGAGGAGCAGCCGGGACUAGAACCGGCACCCAUAUGGGAUGCCAGUGCUUCAGGCCAGGGCGUUAACCCACUGUACCACAGGGCUGGUCCCUUGUAUAUGCAUAUUAACAUUAUGGAGUUCACCAUCAGAUCAAUAAAAACUAGAACCAGGGGCUGGCAUUGUGGCACAGCAGGUAAAGCUGCCACCUACAACGCUGGCAUUCCAUGUUUGUGCUGGUUUGUGUCCUGGCUGCUCCACUUCCAAUCCAGUUCCCCGCUAAUGGCUUGGGAAAAGCACUGGAAGAUGGCUCUAGUGUUUGGGCCCCUGCCACCCAUGUGGGAGACCCAGCUGCAGCUCUUGGGUUUGGCCUGGCCCAGCCCUGGACAUUGCAGCCAUUUGGGGAGUGAACCAGAGGAUGAAAUAUAUAUCUCUGUGUCUGUCUCCCUCUCUCUUUCUCUCUCUCGCUCUUUCAAAGUAAAUAAAUAAAUCUUAAAAAAAAAAAAAAAAAAAAAAA